CUGGCGGACACAGAUCCCGUUUCCUGGGCAAGCAGAUAAAGGGAGAGAGGAGAGCAGGGAGGGAAAGUCCUGAAAGCGACAUCCACCACCGUUUCCAGCACUCAAGCCCAGCGAAAUUGUUUUGUUUCGCUUCGCAGCACAAAGUUUCCACUGCGGGCUGACCCAGGAGUCUUGUCGUCAAGGCAAGUGGAGCGUGAUGCGGGAAGGAGAGCCGGGGCAAAGCGAGGGGGCGGCUGCUGCUUGUUACGCCAAGCAAAUCUGGGCUCAAGUUUAUGAACGUCGCGUCACAGGAAGGAACCGGCCCCGGGGAGAGCGGCGGCGGCGGCGGCAGAGGCAGCAUCUCUUUUCUGCGGAUGUCCCUACCAAGCCCUACAUGGUCCCAGAGAAAGACUCCAUGCACUGGAACUCCAGCUGCCCUUCUACCUGCUUCAUCUUCAGACAGUGAUUCUGGCUGUGCCCUGGAAGAUUACAUAGGGCUUGCUACAGAAAUCCCUCCAGCAGAGGUGUCAAUACACUUUGGUUCUCAAUCAUUCAAUGCAGUUCCUGCUACCAUUCAGAAUCAGCUCCACAUCAAAGUUCUCCUUCAGCAACUGCCCCCGCAAGACUGUGAUGAAAAGUACUGCCCAUCCAUCGGGGAAGAAGAGAAGGAGCAGCUGCGAACAUUUGCUGCACGGCGGCGGCAGGAAUCACUGGGCCAGGGUGUUACAUGCCAGGUAUCUUCCACAGCCCAUGGCUGUUUCUGCAAAAAGUGUGGUAAGAAGAUGAGCACAGGUGACCAGGGUGUCUUAGCACCCAAACUGGGAGAGUAUUGCUGUUGGCAUCUGGCCUGCUUUGUCUGUCACACCUGCUGUCAGCCCCUAGUGGAUCUCAUCUACUUCCAUCAGGAUGAGAAGAUCUACUGUGGACGGCAUCAUGCAGAGUUCUUCCGUCCACGCUGUGCUUCAUGUGACCAGCUGAUCUUCACCUCUGAGUGCAUGGAGGCCGAAGGUCUGUGCUGGCAUGAAGAGCACUUCUGUUGCCUGGAGUGCGACUUGCCGCUGGGGGCACGGCGGUAUGUCAUGAAGGGUGGCCAGCCCUACUGCUGCGCCUGUUUUGAGAGUCUUUAUGCAGAUGUCUGUCAAGCCUGUGGAGAAAUUAUCGGUGUUGACAGUGAACAGGCUACUCUCCAAGGUCAGCACUGGCAUGCGAAAGGCUCCUGUUUCUGCUGCAGUCUUUGCCAGAAAGCAUUACUAGGUCAGCUGAUCUCAACUCGUCAUGGCCUCCUGUUUUGUUCUGAGGCCUGCAGCUUGGAGAAAGAAGCAGUGCUAUCUUCCACAGGAUCAGAUUCCUCAGACUCUGCUUUUAUCUCAGCUCCUUCCCCUGACUCCACACCCACAUCUAGAGCCCGAAACAGCAGCCCAAGUUGCUCCUGUGCAGCAGCAAGAACCAAUAGUGAUGCAUGUGAGCAAACAGCCAAAGAAGUAACAGAAAGGCUUCAUGCAUCUGGGAAUUCCUCGUUCCACCUUCCAGAGUUUAGCAGCCAGGAAGAGGAAGUUGUUUUCAGGAACAGAUCAGCCUCCUGUCAUCAUGGUGAACUUGAACCAUCAGCUGAUUCUCCUCAAGACAGAAUCACCAGCCCACAUCCCCUAGAAGCAGAACAAAGCUCCCUCAGUGUGAGGGAGAACCAAAUCCAAGGGGACACUCUCCCCCAAGUAUCUUGGCAACAGGUUGGACACCACCACUCUAGACUUUGUCCCUCCACAGACUCAGAUGCAUCAGUGUUGAUCAUGGACUUUCCAGAGAGACUGCAUGAAGCUGGUGCUGGUAAGCUGGAACCUGUGCCAGAACAAGAUGGCACUUGGUGCCCAAGUUGCUCAUCCUCUUCAGAUUCUGACUCUGAGCCAGAAGGCUUUUUCUUCGGGACACCAAUCCCAAAGCCUGGGGCCCGGCAUCUUACUCUCCAUAAAACAGAGCAGCAGACACUUGGCAAAGGAGAAAGACAAACAGCUAGAGCACGUGCAAGCAGCAAACACUGUAGUAUCUCCUAGCGGGAGCUCCCAGACACUUGGAAAGAGUAUAGGAGAAGAGGGGAGUGUCACAAGCAGACAUUUAUAUAGCAAGGUGUGAAUAGUGAAGAAAGGCCCUCUUCCUAUAAGUAUGAAGUAAGAGACUCAACAAGUCCAGGCUAGCUAAGUCAGGAAGGUGUUUUGUGUGUGUGUGUGUGUGUGUGUGUGUGUGUGUGUUUCUAAACAGCAGACAUGAAAAGCAAGACUUUCAAGGGGGUAGAGUUUGCAUUUCCACAGUUCAGUUAGACGGCAAACUUCAAAGUCCUGGAAACAACUCUUCCUUCCACAUGGUAGACAUUUUUUUAAAAAAAUGCAUAGCUGAGCUUUAUGCAAGCCUGCUGCUCUUUAUGCCACCAUGUUUGCUUUCUGUAGUGUGCCUUUUGACAAUUUAAAAACACGUAUGACAAACUGGAGAAGAAAAGGCUCAUGGACAUACACCCCUCAUACUUAUGGUGGUGGGUUUUUUUUGAACAUUUAACUGAAGGACAAAAGUUUAUAAACUUGUUCAGCAAGGCCCAGUAUUUUAUUGAAGUAUGGAAAACAGAAGUACCUGCAGAGGCUGGGGAAUGCAACUUGAAAGUCUUUGAGCUCAGUCAGCCGUUUCAGUAAGAGUGGUCUUUUUUUUUUUUAAGUUUUGCAGGUAUCACAGUUUGCCUCUGUGACUGGAAGUUCUCUGCUGCUCUCUGCUGGCAGCAACAAGUAUUUUCUAGUAGCCUGGUGUUAUAUUGAUUUAAUGUGUGUGUAAUUACAAUACUACCAGAGUCUUUAGUCUCUUGGUUUACUUCUAACUAGUAUAUAUCUACCUGUCACAUGUAAGUAUGACUUAAAAGUCUAGUCAUUAAAAUUUCUGGAUUCUACACAGCCAUCAAUUUUCCCUUCCUCCAUGAUCUCUGACAUGAAUAAAAUUGAGACCAGGAGCAGAUUCUAGAUAAGUACUAACCUAUUCUGAUGUUGGAUCUCCAAUCUAGUGGAUUAAAAUUCUCUGGUAGGAUAACUUUCAUGAGGCAGAUCCCCCCCCCCCGCCACCUUGGACAAUAUCAAACAUUAAAGUUAACUACCUGGUACUAAGGAACAAGCGCAAAGGUCCAUAUAGCAGGUUGCCGUUCAACCUGCAAUCUGCAGAUCUAGCUUAAUGCAUAGCUAAACAUUGUGGAGACUCACUGAGAGCAAGUAAAUGGUGGACCCCCAUAGCCAACUGAUGUAUGGAUGAUUUGCAGAGCACAACACUGCUGCGGUGAAACAAAUGCUCUUGGAAUACCAAUGCGUAGUGCAAGCUUCCGUGUGGAGAAGGUGAAAUAAAAGGAUUUUCCUGCUUGUAACCUUUCCCCUCGACAUUCAGUAUAAAAGCCCUCUCAAAGAUUCCUUGCUUACUACCACAUCAACUUCCCAAUUUACAAGCAUUAAAAAGGGCAGAAAAAAGAAUAAAUAGAAUAAAAAAGAAUAAAAAAUAAACGCCUCAGUUUCCAUGUUUAACUUGGCAG